AUGCCCGCCACAAGAACGGAAAUCGGACCGCCAGCGGCAUGUACCUGCACAGACUCAGACAGCGGGAUCCUAACAGGGCCCAAGAGCUUCGCCCAGGUCGCAUCCUUGCCGACAGCCACUGGGGAGACGAUCAGCUUCCAGCCCGGCCACACACCAAAGGCCAAAGGCAGCGCGACGGUCACGUCUACCGCAACCGACGGCCAGCUGACGACGAUGACGGAGCCGCUCGCCACCUCCACGGCCACUGCGCCGAGCACAGCUUCCGGAGACCCGGGGCUGUCCAAGGGCGCCAAGGCGGGCAUCGGCGUCGGCGUGGCAGCGCUCGGCAUGGCGGUCGUCUUGCUCAUGGCGUUCCUCUUCGUGCGAUGCCAUCGGAUCCACUCUAAGAAGCAGCCACCGGGAGAGAAGACGGCAUACCACCCCGCCGCGCCCGGGCCGGAUAUGGCCCAGUCGCCGCCGCCGCAGUACGGGAGCCCAGGCAUCUUGUACAACCCGCCGCCGCCGCCGCCGCAUCAUGACGUCUCGGCCUUUGGGUAUCCGGGCUACACUGGCUUCAAGUCGGAGCUCCCCGCCGUGCCGGUCGAGAGCAAGUCCGCGUCUGGGUUCACGUCUGAGCUCCCGGCGGAUAACGGUAUCUCCACUAGCAGGCAUGGCCUCGAUAGGAAUGCUACGCCGUCGAUGCUGUCCAUGCCGGGGUCACCCGGACACCACAGCAUGGUGUCGGGUAUCUCGAGGGCGCCGUCGGUCGCGCCUUCGAUGCACUCUAGCCAGGGGGAUGCGUACAUGAGGUACUCUGUUAGCGGGGAUAUGGCGCCCAUUGCUGAGCUGCAUGGGUGA